AUGGGAAUAGAUUUGAAAUGUGCUCGCAAGGUGAUUCAUUUUGGGCCAUCUCGAACAACUGAAUGCUAUAUGCAAGAAUGUGGACGUGUUGGCAGGGAUGGUGGACAGAGUUUGUGUGUUCUACUCUACAAUGGCAUUUUGGCAUCUCGUUGCUCUGAUGACAUGAAGGAAUUGAUCAGCGAACAAAAGUGCCUUCGAAGAGCGAUUUUAAAGCACUUCCCUGGUGAUCAUGAAAUUGUUGUUGAAGGAUGUCAGUGCUGCAAUGUUUGUGCUCAGACCUGCUUGUGCUCUGGUUUAAAGGGUGAUUGCUCCAUUAAUAUGUUGCUAGAUUUCUCCAGUCAUGAGAAUUUAUACCAGUACGAUAAGCAUAGAACUGUUACAAAUGAACAGAAAAAAACACUGGAAUCAAAUCUGUACCAGUAUCAAAAUGCUUUGCAAAGAGAAGCCCCAAAGCAAGUGUUGUAUCCAAAUGUCUUUGUAGAAUUUGGUUCUCUUCAGAUUGCCCAGGUCAUCAAGAAUGCAAGUAAACUGUUUUCUAUACAUGACAUUAUGAACUGUGUUGAAAUUUGGCGAAGUGAGCAUGCAUGUGGUAUCUUAAAUAUUUUUUCACAAAUGUUUGGUGAUAUUGACAUUAAUGAAACUAGUAUUGAUUUGGAUAAAAUGGAUCUAGAUGAUACUUUAGAUCUAGAUUGGUUGGAUAUCCGAGAUGACUCAUCAGCGGAU